AUCAACUUGGAACAUUCGAUCUAUCUCUUUGAAGGAUCUUAUUUGGAGGAUACGCAGCACAAUGGGAAUAUUAUACGGGGUUUUGAUGGUUACCUAACCAAUCGACCGGACAGAAGAAAGCAAAAAUUCACAGAGUUGGAUCGUUUGUUUUCACUGUCCUCAUCCACGUAUCAAAAGGUGAUUAUUAAUAAGAACAACAAUAACAUCGGUGUGAACAGAGCUAACAAAGGAAUGUGUUUAGGCUUUGGCGCAGAAAGAGUUGGAUCAAGAUUCUAGCCAAGAUGAAUCCGCGUCGCAUAUGCGUAAAGAGAAGAAACGCAAGACAAAACUUGGUAGUGAUGCAACACGUAAAAAGAAACGAUUUGGUUCAGUAACUGAAGAUGAAGUAGAUAUUUGAACACACACACAUUCUCUCACACUCAUACUCACUCUCUCACACACACACGUAAAGUAAUGACCUUUACACCUCUUGUGUUAUCAUUCUCCCUUUCUCUUCACUCUUGUUUCCUUCUCUCUACUUCCUUUUUUACCUUGUCAUCCUAUUUUACUUGCUGUACAUACUUGUUUUUCUUUCAUUCAAUUCUUGUGUGGAAUAAUAAAAUCCAUUGUUUGACUCUCCGCUGUAGUUGAG